AUGGCACGGCUCACAUUUCUAGGCCAGCUGUUGCUCGCCUCUCUCGCCACGGCCCAGCAGGUAUACAUACCUGCAGAGGGUCCAUCGCCACGGCCACAGUGCAAAUGCCCUGACAAGAGCAAGCCAAAGUAUUCCUUCACACCAUUCAGCUUCACUUUGACCGAGACUGUGCGGUACGCGACAUCGGUGCCCGCCCCGACCAGUACUACCACCUAUGCGGCGCCCCGCGAAGCUCUCGUCACGUUGGUUCCGUCACUGUCCUAUUCGACGUGGGGGAAAUGGACCCCCAACGAUACGGCCACGGCGACGGACACGAAUGACCCGUACGGCCAGGCCGCAUGGACGGCUCUAUGGAAGCAUGCCAACCCGCCAAACUUCACAGAGACGGCCGUUUACAGCACGACCGUGUCGCCGACGCCUGUCCCAAGUUCGGAGCUCGUGCUACCCCCGGCCGAUUACUUUGGCCCGACGGACUGCUACACCUUCCCCAGGGGCUUCGAGUUCGGCGUCGCCAGCUCGGCAUCGCAGAUCGAAGGCGCGACGGCGGAGGAGGGCAAGUCUCCGUCGCUCAUGGACAUUCUGGUCCGGGACGACCGCCCCAAGUCAUACGUAACCAACGAGUUCUACUACUACUACAAACAAGACAUUGAGCGUGUCGCAGCCAUGGGCGUUAAGUACUUCUCCUUCAGCAUCGCCUGGACACGCAUCCUGCCGUUUGCGCUGCCCGGCACGCCUGUGAACAAGGAGGGGAUCGACCAUUACGACGACGUCAUCAACUUCAUCCUGGAAAAGGGCAUGGUCCCAGUCGUCACUCUUCUGCACUUCGACACUCCGCUGCAGUUCUAUGGAAGCAACCUCACCACCGCCGCUGAUAAGACCAAGCUCGGCUAUGUCAACGGCGGGUACCAAAACGAGACGUUCCAGGACGCCUUUGUGAACUACGCCAAGGUUGCCAUGACGCACUACGCCGACCGGGUGCCCAUCUGGUAUACGUUCAACGAGCCGCUGUUGUACUCGUACGAUGCGCGCUCCGUCGAUUCGGUAAUUCGGUCGCACGCCCGCACGUACCGCUUCUACAAGGAGGAGCUCAAGGGCGAGGGGAAAGUCGCGCUCAAGUUCAACAACAACUUUGGCGUGCCGCGUGAUCCCCACAGCGCGGCGGACGUGGAGGCCGCCAACCACUUUAAUUCGAUCCAGCUCGGCACCUUCUGCGAUCCCAUCUUCCUCGGCAAAGACUACCCAGACUCGUUCAAGAAGACGUUCCCAGACUAUGUGCCUCUGUCAAAGGAGGACCUCGAGUAUAUUGGCGGGCAGGUCGAUUUCCUGGGCAUCGACCCAUACACGGCGACCGUCAUUACGCCGCCCGUGCCUGGCGAACAGGGUAGCAUCCUCGACUGUGCGCGGAAUGAGAGCUCACUGCUCCGGCCGUACUGCGUCAACCAAACCACGGUCAACGUGUACGGCUGGGACAUUGGCUACCGCUCGCAGUCGUACGUCUACACGACGCCGACCUACCUGCGGAGCUACCUCAACUACCUGUACAACACAUGGCGGAAGCCCGUGUCUAUCACCGAGUUCGGGUACCCCGUGUACAGCGAGCGGGAGCGCGCCCUGUCGGACCAGCUCUUUGACACGCCCCGCAGCCAAUAUUACCUGAGUUUCCUGUCCGAGACGCUCAAGGCGAUCCGCGAAGACGGCGUCGAGGUUGCGGGUGCGUACCUGUGGAGCUUUGCGGACAACUGGGAGUUUGGGGACGCCGAGUCGCAAUUUGGCGUGCAGACGGUCAACCAGACGACGCAGGUCCGCAAUUACAAGAAGUCGUUUUUCGAUGUAGUCGACUUCAUGAAGGCUCGGAUGAUUGAAUGA